AUGCUUAGAGCUUUCAAACGUGCUAUUCCACCACGUACACAAAUUCUUAGAGCCAAUGUUCCAUCAUUGAGGUAUAAUUUCACCAGAUUUCAAACAAGAUGUUUAGCUACAGCUACCGAUACAUUUUUGCAAGGCAAUGAUGCCAACUAUGUUGAUGAAAUGUACCAACAAUGGAGACAAGAUCCAGCAAGUGUACAUUCAUCUUGGAAUGCUUAUUUCACCAACAUUGAAAAGGAUGGAGUAUCGCCAUCAAAGGCUUUUCAAGCACCACCAACUUUGGUUCCAACUGUGUCUGGUGGUACCGCUGGUUUUUAUCCACAACAAUCAAAUGUCAAUGAAGAUGUUGUUGUUCACUUGAAGGUUCAAUUGUUGGUUAGAGCUUAUCAAGUUAGAGGCCAUCAAAAGGCACAAAUUGAUCCAUUGGGAAUUAGUUUUGGUAGCCAUGCCAAAGUUCCAAAAGAAUUAACAUUGGACUAUUAUCAAUUCACCGACAAGGAUUUGGAUAAGGAAAUUACUUUGGGUCCUGGUAUUUUGCCAAGAUUUGCUACUGAAGGUAAAAAGUCCAUGACCUUGAGAGAAAUUAUCAAAACAUGCGAGGAUUUGUACUGUUCCUCAUAUGGUGUUGAAUAUGUUCACAUUCCUUCCAAAGAACAAUGUGAUUGGUUGAGAGAACGAAUUGAAAUUCCGCAACCAUUCAAGUACUCACAAGACCAAAAGAGACAAAUUUUGGAUCGUUUGAUUUGGGCCACUUCUUUUGAAACAUUUUUGUCAACCAAGUUCCCCAAUGACAAGAGAUUUGGUUUAGAAGGUCUUGAGUCUGUUGUUCCAGCCAUGAAGGCUAUGAUUGAUACUUCUGUUGAAGAAGGUAUUGAAGAUGUUGUUAUUGGUAUGCCACACAGAGGUAGAUUGAACAUGUUGUCAAAUGUUGUCCGUAAACCAAAUGAAUCGAUUUUUUCGGAAUUUACCGGAUCGAGAGAGUUUGACGAAGGUUCUGGUGAUGUUAAAUACCACUUGGGUAUGAACUACAAGAGACCAACCACUUCCGGUAAACACGUCAACUUGUCAUUGGUUGCUAACCCAUCACAUUUGGAAUCUGAAGAUGGGGUGGUUCUUGGUAAGACACGUGCUAUCCAACAAUACAAGAAUGAUAUUGGUGAAUUUAAAAAGGCAAUGUCAAUCUUGUUGCACGGUGAUGCUGCAUUUGCUGCUCAAGGUGUUGUUUACGAAACCAUGGGAUUUGCCAACUUGCCUGCUUACUCAACUGGUGGUACCAUCCACAUCAUUAUCAAUAACCAAAUUGGUUUCACUACUGAUCCAAGAUUUGCAAGAUCCACUUUAUACCCAUCUGAUAUCGCCAAGAGUAUCAAUGCACCAAUUUUCCACGUAAAUGCUGAUGAUGUUGAGGCUUGUACUUUUGUGUUCAACUUGGCUGCUGAAUGGAGAGCUACAUACCACACUGACUGUAUCAUUGAUCUCGUUGGUUACAGAAAGCAUGGUCAUAAUGAAACUGAUCAACCAUCAUUCACUCAACCCCUCAUGUAUCAAGAAAUUGCCAAAAAGAAGUCCGUUAUUGAUAUUUACACUGAGCAAUUGGUCAAAGAGGGCACCUUCACUAGAGAAGAUAUUGAUGAGCACAAGAAAUGGGUUUGGAACUUGUUGGAGGAAUCAUUCUCCAAGGCCAAGGAUUAUCAACCAACUUCAAGAGAGUGGUUGACCACCCCAUGGGAAGAUUUCAAAUCACCAAAGGAAUUGGCUACUGAAGUGUUGCCACAUUUCCCAACUGGUGUUGAUGCCGACAUUUUGAAAAAGAUUGGUGAUGCCAUCUCCGAAGCACCAGAAGGAUUUGAAAUACAUAGAAACUUGAAGCGUAUUUUGAAUCAAAGGAAAAAGGCUGUUGAAACUGGUGAAGGUAUCGACUAUUCCACUGGUGAAGCAUUGGCUUAUGGAUCAUUAGCUUUGGAAGGAUACCAUGUUAGAGUUUCAGGACAAGAUGUUGAAAGAGGUACCUUUUCACAAAGACACGCUGUUUUACACGAUCAAAAAUCAGAAAAGACUUGGACCCCAUUGGCCAACUUGAGUGAAGAUCAAGGUGUUUUCAGCAUAUCCAACUCAUCCUUGUCAGAAUAUGGUGUCUUGGGUUUCGAAUAUGGUUAUUCAUUAACUUCACCAGAUGCCUUGGUUGAAUGGGAAGCACAAUUUGGUGAUUUCGCCAACACUGCUCAAGUUAUCAUUGAUCAGUUUGUUUCCGGAGCUGAAUCGAAAUGGAUGCAAAGAUCAGGUGUUGUUUUGUCAUUACCUCAUGGUUACGAUGGUCAGGGUCCAGAACAUUCUUCUGGUAGAAUUGAAAGAUAUUUGCAAUUGUGUAAUGAAGAUCCUCGUUACUUCCCAUCUCCUGAAAAGUUGGAACGUCAACAUCAAGACUGUAACAUGCAGGUUGCUUAUCCAACCACACCAGCCAACGUUUUCCACUUGUUGCGUCGUCAAAUGCAUAGACAAUUUAGAAAGCCAUUGAUUUUGUUCUUUUCCAAGUCCUUGUUGCGUCAUCCAUUGGCCAGAUCCAACUUGUCUGAUUUUACCGGUGAUUCUCAAUUCCAAUGGAUUAUUGAAGAUGUUGUUGGUGAUAAAUCUGAAGUUAAGAGACUUGUAUUGUGUACCGGUCAAAUACAUGCUGCUAUGCACAAGAGAAGGGAGCAAACCAAUGACAAGUCAACUGCUUUCAUCAAGAUUGAACAAUUGAAUCCAUUCCCAUUUGCUCAAUUGCGUGAUGCAUUGAACACUUAUCCAAACAUUGAAGAUUUAGUUUGGGCCCAAGAAGAACCAUUGAAUAUGGGUGCUUGGUCUUUUAUUGAACCAAGAGUUAACGUUGUGCUUGACAAGACUGAUAAGCAUGGUGGCUUGAACAUCAGAUACGCUGGUAGAGAUCCAAGUGCUUCUAUUGCUGCCGGUACCAAGGCCAAGCAUUUGGCUGAAGAAGAAGAAGUUUUGAACGAAGUAUUUCAACAAUAG